AUGGCCUCGGGCGGCGGCCCGCCGCCGGCCGUGGCCGUGGCCGUGGCCGUGCGCCCCGGCGGCCGCGGCAGCCGCCUCGCCGCGCGGUGGGUCGCCGCGGGGCUCCCAGACGACGGCCGCGCCGCCGCCGUCGCCGUCGUCCACGUCAUCCCCCCGCUCUCCUACGUGCCCUCCCCCACGGGGGAGAGGGUGCCGGUGGCGCUGGUCGGGCGGGAGCCGGCGGAGGCGUACGCCCGGGACCGGCGCGCGCGCGCGGAGGAGGCGCUCCUCCCGUUCCGCCACCUCGGCUGCGGCCGCGCCAACGUCACGGUGAGUGCUCGCGCACGCCGGCCGGCUUCGAAUCCACAAUCCACUAACAAGAAGAAGAAAAGCCGGCAAUUUCAGCGCCGCCGUGAUGUGGUUGCGCAGGUGGAGACGGUGGUGGUGGAAGGCGACGGCGUGGCGGCGGCGCUGCUGCGGUACGCGCGCGACUCCGGCGUACGGAGCCUCGUGCUCGGCUCGGGGUCCUUCCGCUGGUUCCGGAGGGUGUUGAGCAUCCCAGAUGUCCCCGGCACUGUCAUUCAGGCAACGCAGAAUUCAUGCAAUGUAUUCGUCGUGUCCAAACGGAGACUCAUUAUGAAACUCGCAAGAUAUCCUCAAACCAGCGAGCCUAACGCAAACCUGAGGAUUGAGGCGAUCAGUCAUGAAACAUUUGAACAAUCACAUAGGAGUCUGCUGUUUGACAACUUUGCUGAUGAUGAGGCGCAUUCUGAUGCAUUCUCCCAUGCCCACAGCUCACAUAGUGCUUCUAAUCUCGUUCCAAGCUCAGAAAGUUCAGAACAAGUUGCUUCAGAAAGUUCAGUAGCAAACGCCGCAGGAACAGAAGGAAGUAAAAACUACGAUUCUCUUAGUUCCUUGGGGGAAGCUCCUUGUGCUACUUCAAACUCAAGCCAAGAGUGCCAAUCUAUAGAUGAAGUGGCGAAACUAAGGAAGGAGCUGCAGGAUACCUUAGUAGUGUAUGAUAAAGCUUGUGUAGAACUUGUCAAUGCUAAGAAAAAGAUUCAGGUGCUUUCUACUGAGUGUUCCGAAGAGGCAAGGAAGGUGGAGCACGCACUGGAAUGGGAGGAAGCUUUGAAGCAGACGGUGGCAGACGAGAAGGCGAAACAGCUAGAGGCCCUCGACCAGGUUGAGCGCGCGAGAAGAUCAUUCACCCGAGAGGCCUAUUCGAGGCACAAGGCAGAAAUGGCUACAGGCAUGAUCUCCGAGGACAGGGCGCAGAUCGUCGACGCUAUUCUGUCCAAGAGCAGAACUUGCAGGAGGUACUCGGAGCAGGAUAUACAGCUUGCCACUGAUAACUUCUCUGAAGCCAGGAAGAUUGGUGAGGGAGGCUACGGGAACGUGUAUAGGUGCACGCUGGAUCACACUGAAGUAGCUGCCAAGGUCAUUCAGCAAGAUUCCAUCGACAGAACUGAUGAAUUCUUGAAGGAGGUUGAGAUUCUCAGCCAGCUUCGCCACCCCAACCUGGUUCUGCUGAUCGGUUUCUGCCCAGAGAUCGGCUGCGUCGUGUACGAAUACCUGAAGAAUGGGAGCCUAGAAGACCAGCUCUUCAACCACAGCAAUGGCCGCCAGCCGCUGCACUGGUUCCUCCGGAUCCAGAUCAUCUUCGAGGUGUCCUGCGGGCUCGCCUUCCUGCACGCAAGAACCCCGGAGCCCAUCGUGCACCGCGACCUGAAGCCGGCCAACAUCCUGCUGGACAGGAGCUUCGCCGGCAAGAUCGGCGACGUCGGCUUCGCCAAGCUCCUCUCCGACCUCGUGCCAGACUGGCAGACGGAGUACAGGGAGACGGUGGUCGCCGGCACCCUGUACUACAUGGACCCCGAGUACCAGCAGACCGGGACCCUCCGGCCCAAGUCCGACGUGUUCGCUCUCGGAGUGAUCAUGCUGCAGCUCCUCACCGGCCGGCGCCCCAACGGGCUCAUCGUGAGCGCGGAGAAUGCGGUGAGGAACGGGAGGGUUCGUGAUAUCCGCGACAAAUCUCAGAGCGAUUGGCCGGGUGAGGGGGCGGAGAUGUUUGCCAAGCUCGGGUUGAAAUGCACGGCCCUGAAGUGCAGGGACAGGCCUGAUCUCGAGUCGGAGGUGCUGCCGGAGCUCGACGAGAUCCUGCACAGGGUGACCUCUGCAGCUGCUGUCAGGUUGAGGAGUCCGAAACUGAGUGUGCCGAGCCACUUCAUCUGCCCUAUAACACAGGAGCUGAUGGAGGAUCCGCAUGUCGCUGCCGAUGGCCACACCUACGAGCACUACGCGAUCAGAGCUUGGCUCAAGAGGCACAAGACAUCGCCUGUUACGAGGGGCAAGCUCCCGAACUCGUCCGUCAUCCCGAACCAUUCGCUGCGUGCCGCCAUACAGCAGUGGAAGUCGCAGUUACCAGCUCGGACGAACCCAAGAAGUUGGAGACAGGUUCAUUUCUCUCCUUGAUUUAACUGUUAAUUGUCAUUUUAAGUUGUUCAGGAUGUGAUGCGAAAGGAGUAGCUGUCUGUAAAGCAUCCAAUCAUGGGGAGCGGUUUUGUGAUUCAGUUGGAGGUGUUGUUACCAUGACAAUGGCCAUCAAUUUUGGCAAUGAUCAAGCUUAAUGGCGUCUUGCUAUAUAUAUGUACCCUCUCUGUCUCAAAAUCUCCGUUAAGCCCACAUAGUGGCGUCAAUCCAUUUAGUACUAUACUGUGGGAGUUACAGUUACUGCUAGCUCAGGCAAAGCCCCAGAGGCAUGAAAUGGGAAUCAGGUUUUCAUAUCUCUGCAUGAUU